GGCUGAGAGAACUCCGAUCAGGCAGGCCGUCAUUCCGUUCAUCGUGUGAGCGGUAGCACCAUGUUGGCUGUCUCCAUUUGCCGGCGUUGACUCUCUCUGGGAUCGCGUGGAAAUCCAUAAAGGGCACCACUUAAAGAUGGCCUCCACAAUGAGCAGUCACCUGUCUUUCACCUGUGUUUGGACACAGAAGCCCGGCGAUGAUGUUGAAGCAUUUAUGGCAGCAUACAAGCAGUUCUUUGAAGUACACCAGGUACAAGCAACAUUGACCAUUGGGCGAUGUCGACAGCAGAAGACGUACAAGAGUGACUGUGAAGAUCUAAUCUGGCUUGUUGAAAUCAGCCUUAAUCUAUAUUCACGAAAGGAUAAAACUCAGCUUGAGUCAUUGAGUGUGAAGAUAGCUCGACGGUGGUGCACAAGCGGACUCCAAGAUGAGAGGAUGUCUAGGUACUUGCAGUGGCUGCAACCUGACCGCAGAUUUGGCUUUUGGCAUGGCUGGUAUGAUAUUGAAGAGGGCAUCAAGAUGAACUCUAUAGCAUUUGGCACAUUCGUUGGCCUGAACAUGUUUGCUGAACGUCAUGCCAUAGUCAGUAACUCCACUGGCGAAGGCUACAACAUAGACUGCACAUUCAAGCAUGGUGAGAGGACUAUGCAGGUGUUCAUUGAGUUAAGCCAUUGCAUGGGAACGACAGAUGUCUAUCGGCUAAGCCUGUCUUACAACAACAUCUUCUGUGUGGUUGUGCACGACCCUGAUGGUGGGCCCACGGAUGUAUUUCUUCAUGUGCACACUCUUCCGUUGUUUCACAAGGCAGUGGACAGUGUGGGUCCUUUUUACAUUCUUUCACACAGACCAAAAUCUAGAGAUCAAAUGAACUUCGAGAGAACUUUGAAGAUUGGAUGCACACAGUGCGGUCAAAUUUUAGAAAGCAGAGAUGUGGGCGGCUGUUUUGUCAUCAGGCUGAGCUUCAACGACAGGCACAUGGCACGGCGCACCAUUGGCCGCCUAAGCCGUAGAUGCAGGAGAGCCCGCUUUAGUUUUGCUGCCAUAAAAACUCAUCCCAUUGGCAGAAAAGCCGAGGAGUUACGGCAGCAGUUGUGCUCAAGGAUCAUGCCAAAGCUCAAAUUUCGGUGCUGCUAUGCACUCAAUGCCCUCAUUCAAAGGAGUGAUGACAUUAUUGUGCAGCUGAUGCUUUUGGAGAAGUGUGAACUGGACACUCUCUUAAGGGACCUGGAAUCCUACGCAUCUCACAAUGAAGGUGCUCUUGAAGAGGCCCUGUUUAACAUUGGCAGUGCUCUUGAGAACCACUGCAAUAUCACCUUUGCUGCUGUCUUGCCUGAAUUGUUCAAAAAGUUCUGCAAAACAUAUUUGCCCACUAACGUGCCACAAGGCUCCUGCCUUAUACGACGACUGUUUGUGACACCAUCUCGCAUCUUUUUCUUGCCACCUGCUCUGCAUGCUGAGAACAGAGUGAUACGCAGGUUUGAUGUGGACUAUGCACUUCGAGUUUCCUUUCGUGACGACCAUUUCGAACUUUUGUCGCACACCCUGGGAUCUCAUGGCGAGAGGCUUGAGAUGCUGGACGAAGUAGUUGGUGGCUUCCUGCGGAAUGGAAUUACGAUUGGUGACCGUCACUUCAAGCUUCUAGCCAGCUCUGUAAGCCAACUUCGAGACCAUGGAGUUUGGCUCUAUGCAAAUGACUGUCAUGGAAAUUCAGUGGAGUCCAUACGGGCCUGGAUGGGGGACUUCAGUGCAAUCCCCAGUGUUGCAAAGAAGAUAGCACGGAUGGGCCAAUGUUUUUCAACAACAGAAGAGUCGGUCAUUGUGCCUCUUCAUGGCGAGAUAAUGCAGGAUGCACCUGAUAUUGAGGCUGGCGUGCACCCUAUAUCCAAGAAGCCUUAUGUCUUCUCAGAUGGCAUUGGUAUGAUCUCCGAAUCCCUCAUGAAAAAGGUGUGUGCAAAACUGGACCUGGUGCAGGUUCCAUCUGCAAUCCAGAUUCGGUAUGCAGGCUACAAAGGCAUGCUGUGUACAAAUAAUGCUCUACAGGGUGACAAGCUCAUUCUGCGCAAAAGCAUGAACAAGUUUGCCUGUGUCACAUCAGCCAGCAUUGAAGUUAUCAAAGUGUCUGCCCCCUCACAAGUAUUCCUGAACCGCCCUUUGAUCACCAUUCUGGAGCAGCUGGGUGUUCCCCGGCGAGUUUUCUUGCACUUGCAGCAGAACAUGCUGCUUCAAUUGUGUGAUGCCUUUGUCAGCGAUGGUGCUGCCUUGCGAGUACUUGGCACCUACACAAACACCAGCCUGCCUUUUGCCAAGCUACAUGUAAAUGGGAUGUCCCUGAGCCAGGAGCCAUUCACUCGCUCAAUGAUACUGGUUGUCUACGAGAGCAUGAUUGCUGGGCUUAAGGAAAAGAGCCGGAUUGCCAUUCCUCCAGAGAAGGGCCGCAACAUGCUGGGUGUCCUCGAUGAGACUGCAACUCUCGAGUAUGGCCAAGUGUUUGUCCAGUUCACACAUAUGGGUGUUGACCUCCACAAUGGGGCACCAAACUCUGGUGACUGCAACAGCGGUAGCACCCAAGUGCUCACAGGAACUGUACUGGUGACCAAGUGCCCUUGCCUGCACCCUGGGGAUGUGCGCAAGUUUGAGGCUGUUGACGUGCCUGCUUUGCACCACAUCAGAGACUGCAUUGUGUUUCCAGCCAAAGGCCCCCGGCCUCACCCCAAUGAGAUGGCUGGUUCAGACCUUGACGGUGAUGAGUACAUUGUGAUUUGGGAACCAGACCUCUUCUUUCCUGGAUCAAACAGAGAGCCCAUGGUGUUCAGCGACACUUCUAUCGGAGCUCCCUCGACCGGAAACCUGGACAAUGACAUCAUUCAGUUCCUGUGCCAGUACAUCCUUAAUGACAGUGUAGGUAUCAUGUCUAAUGCACACCUGGCCUGGGCUGACCAGCUUCCAGAUGGCAUUUGCUCUUCCACCUGCCUUGCUCUUGCCGAGAAGAUCUCUACCUGCCUCGACUUUGCAAAAACUGGCAUCUCCGCACAACUCAGCCAACACGAACGAGUCCAGAAGUAUCCUGAUUUCAUGGCCAAGAGGGGAAUCAAACCCACUUAUCGGUCUGCAAGGGUACUGGGAGAGCUCUAUCGCCUGAACAAAACCCUGAUCAGCAGCACUUGGCACACAUUAAUUGAGACUGAUUUUCACUGCAACCUGUUUGAUUACCCUGGAUGGCAGAAGCACCGACAUGCUGCAGAAAGUGCCCGGGAUGUUUAUGAGGUCAUGAUGUGGAAGAUCAUGGAUCAAUAUGGCAUUGAGAGUGAAGCUGAAGUGGUAGCAGGGAUCAUUAACAGUGUCUCUCGCUACAACAAGAGCAAACUGGACAAAACCAGUGUGGAAACCCUGGUCUCUAAACAAUACCAGGAUGUCAUUGAAGUAAUGCAGAAGCAGUUUGUUGUGGAUGUUGAGGUAGCCUCUCGACAAGAUCAAAGCCAGCGGACAACGUUGCUGGAGAUGGCUUCUGCCUGGUACAUGGUGACUUGCAGUGAUCGGCAGUUUAAGAAGCACUUCUUGGGGCUUCCAUGGUGCAUUGUAGAAAGCCUGUUGCUGCUUUUGAGAGAACGAAGCAGUGCAAAGCCGACAGACAAGCCAGUAUCACAGAACUUGUUGGCUGCAAAGAUAAAUCAGCAGAGCUUUGGUCGUUCACCUGAGGAUGAUGCAUUUGACAUGCUGUGUGCCUGGGCGCGAAAUGAAGAUUUGUUGUGUGAUACUGUUACAAAGGCUUCCCAGGUUUGUGUGUCCUGCUUGAAGCGGGCUUUCCAGCAAUUUGUGUCUAGCAGCCAGUGUUCAACUGAAGCGCCUGUAGUACCAAGCUUCGUUGCAUCUCGGGGAGAUUCGGUCAAAUGUGGGCAGACUACUGGCGACUACGUUUGUGGGUUUCUUCGCUACCUUACCAUGGCGCUGACAGUGCUUCCUCUCUGCAAUGAGUGCAGCUCACCUUCUGGUCAAGUAUACAAGCUGACGUUAGCAGCUUUGCACCGUUACUCUAGGCUGGCUAUAUCGAGGGACGUCUGCUGUUUUGAUCUUCCUUGUGACCCCAAGCUCCACGACAGUACAGAAGAUGUACAAGAGUCUGAUCCCAUCCGGAUAAAUGUUCAAAACACUCAGUUCCUGGGCAUGUUGCGGGAGCAGGAAGACUUGGUGAAGCAGCUGCUUUGCCGGUGGUCGGGUGUGGAGCAUGUCAACAUCCACCUCCACAGCUACCGUUCGCGCAAAUACCAUUAUUUCAUUGUCACAGCCGUUGGGCGCCAGUGGCAGUUGUGUUGUUUCGAUGAACUGAUAGCACAGCCAUGGCUUGAGAACGCUAUCAUCAGCAGGAGGCUGGGUUAGCCUACAACUUGGCUCAGACUAGAGAAUGGCCCUGUUUUAGAUUAGCCACACAGUCGGCAGUUAGAUAGAAAGCAGUCUUUGUAAAGGAAGCCACAACAUCCUUCUGAUAAGGAUGCAACCAUACAAGGGCUAUGCAGUAUUCGUUACAUGUGUAAAAAAAGACUGUUAAAAUCUCCUGUGAUCAUACUUUUGCCAGUAACCCAUUCAAAUACGCUUCGUUCCCUGGGAAGGUCCUUGUUUGGUUAAUAUCCUACCAUUUAGGCAACACCUUUAUACAUGUAGAACUACUGCUAAAUGUAGCCAUGGACUGGAGAUGGCCACCACCAGGACAUGGCGCAAAUUGUGGGUUGCAAGCUGACUGGUGGCAUG